GUGAGGAGACCUGAAAUUGGCACAUAGCAGAGUGUGGCGAUGAAGACAGCAGCAAUGGGAGGCCGUACAGGGACCCAUGACACACUCUGGACCUGGCAGCAGCAUGAGGAGGCGGUACAGGGGCCCAUGGCAAAGAUGAAGAAGAAGAGGAUGAGGAUGAGGAUGAAGAAGAAGAAGAAGAAGAAGUAGGAUGAGGAUGAAGAAGAAGAAGAAGAAGAAGAAAAGAAGAAGAAGAAGGAUGAGGAAGAAGAAGAAGAAGUAGAAGA